AUGUUAGUUGCGCUUUUCUCAGGUAAACUUUUCUCUCACUGUCUUCAAUACGAUCAUCCCUCGGCUAUUGUAGCAAACCUCAUUGUCACACUAGUUCGAUUGAACCAGCUUGAUUCCGCUAGACUGGUGUUCCUCAAGCACGCUCUUCAAAUCAUUGAAGAUUUUGCUAACCUAGUCACCGAUUGCAUGUUCGCGGAAAAGAGGAGAAUGAAGAAGAAUUCCGCACAGGAUAUACAAUCCACGUUUCUGUCACCUGAUCUGUUGCUAGUCCUCGAUUGCUUUUGCGGAACUUCCAAAAGGAAGCAGGUGAAGGCUUCGGCUAAGAAUGAAAAAAAGAAGUUCCACCGUGUUAAUGACAUGCAACUCUUCGAGCUUACUGAGUUCUUGCAGAAUAUAUGGCUGAAAGAAGCAGAGAAAUCUGGCGACACUCAUUCUGUGGACCGAUUGGUUGCUUGGACUAUGGUUAAUCGACUGGAACUUACACCCAAAUUCGCAGAGCGAAUAGCCGAAGUAAAAUCAAGAACGACCUCCUCAUCCUCACCUCAUUCUUAGAA